AUGGAAGCGCCAGAAGAAACGGGGAUGGAGCAAGUUAUGUCUGAUCUACAGGCGCUCAAGAGGCUAUACGGUCUGCUUCACAGGGGUCCGGCAGAUGAAAAUUUAGAUGAGACAUCCAGGGAUCUACUGAUGAAGAUGCUAGAUGAUGCUACCCAGCAGACGCUCCUGAAGCAGGCAAAGAUGCUAUCAGGUUCUCUGAUGUCGCCUGUGCUGGAGAGGAAGCUCUCCAUCCGAUCAGAUCGCCGGACACGCGACGCCGAGCCACCCCUAACCCUGAGGCCACUGGUGUCACCGUCACCCAGCCCCAGCAUCCCACCCGGCGAGCGAUCCAGCCGGCUUAACCAACAGUACUCAACAGUGUCAAGCCGAGCCGGCGGCCACUUCGACGGCCAUCGCCAGACGGCGGAAGAGCCUCUCCUUGCCCGUCUCGCCUCCUACCGCUCGUCGAGAACUGCGGUAUCUGCAUUGACGCCGCGGCACCGUCCAAGCGGAGAGCAGCGGAAUUCCGGCCUCAGCCUCUACCGUUUGCCCGUGGCUGCGACGUCGCAGCAUGGCACGGUGACCGGAAGCAACCGGCACGCUGAUCGCCGGGACAGAACGCGCCAGAGCUCCGGCCGUGGUGACCUUUCGUCGCUGGAGGGCAGCAGCCGCCGGCGCUCCGUGUCGCGGGAGGUGUCCCUGGGUCGGGCAUGGCUGCAGCACGGCCGCGGCACGGGGCGGCACCCGGGAGCGGAGAGCUCCUCCUCGACGCGCCGUUUCGGGAGGCUGGAUUCCGGAUUGUCCUUGGGCAUGGCGUCGCGCCGUGGCUCGGAGCGAACCGGACGCGGCGUGGCUGCGAUGUCGCGGCAUGGCACGGUGACCGGAAGCAAUCGGCACGCUGGCCAUCGGGACAGGACGCGUCGCACCUCCGGGCGUGGUGACCAGUCGUCGUCGCUGGAGGGCAGCAGCAGCAGGCGCCGCUCCGUGUCGCGGGAGAUGAGCAACAGCUCAUCGGGCGCCGCCGUUUCGUAUCCUUCCACGAGCCCUACAGCGUCACUGGAGUCGAGCGCUUCUGCUUCCUACUCACCGCCGCCGGUGUCGCGGCGAGGCAUUGCGCCGCCGUUGUCGCUGCAUGGCUUUGCACCCGCACCGCCGGUGUCGCUGCGUGGAAUUGCGCCGCCUGUGUACGCACCUCGGGUGUCGAGAUCCAUGAGGAGGCGCCGCCGCCAGGAGAUCCUGGAGAGGCGGGUGGGGCGGCUGCGGAUGCUCAAGAACAAGAUCGACAUGGUGUUCCACCAUCGCCACGACCACCACCACCACUUGGGACGCGGCCUGGAGGGCCCGUCUUCCAGGCUCAUCCCCGGCGAACACCACCGCAAGUCGCCAUGGAGGCAUCUCGGGGAAAUGUUCCACCGCACGAAACGCCAGGAUAAGGAGAUCACGAGCCGGACGGUGGUAGGCGGCGCACCGGCGAAGAGGCGCGGCGGCGGCGGGAACAUGCACGCGUUGUUCGACGCCAUGCGGCGGCACUUGCGGGGCAAGCGGAGAACUCCGGCAAGCGUGAAGAUGCGGGGGGCGGCCAACCGGAGCCGGGUGCAGGCCAAGAAGAUGCAUUGGUGGCAGCGGCUGAGGAAACGGCGCGGCAGGAAAGAUGUGACGGCGGGCAUACCACGGCGCCGUUUAGGUCUUUAG